AUGAAUAUCAAGAAAUGCAUUUUAUUGAUGAUGAUGGUAUCAAUAAUAAUUGUGACCAUGGAAGGAAAAGUAGAAGCACUUUCAUGCAUGGACAAAUGUUUGUUCUUGUGCGGAUUUUUCUUUCAACAUCCAGUAUCAUGCGAAGACAAAUGUGAACUCAAAUGUCAUCCACCUAGUCUUUCAUCUCAAUCAUCACAGCAGUCAUUAAUCAUCAACAAUGAUGGAGAUUAUAGGAAUGAGAAACAUAAGAGGAUAAAUAUAUCAAGCAAAUAA